GCGCUCCCCCGCCCCCGCCCCGAUCUGGUGCGGCCGGAGCAGCGAGUGGCUCCUUCCCCGCGCCCGUCCGGCCCCGGCCCCGGCCCCGCCGCGGCAGGGGCGGCGCCGGCGCCGGCGGGAGCCGCGAUGGAGACGUACAAGCGGGAUGUGGAGCUGCUCAGCAGCAGCAUCGCGGCCUACGCGCACGUCCGAGCGCACCCGGAGAGCUUCGGGCUGUACUUCGUGCUGGGCGUCUGCUUCGGGCUCGUGCUGACGCUUUGCCUGCUCCUGAUCCGCAUCUCGUGCCAGCCCCGCACCCGCCCCGGCCCGCGCCCCCGCCCCGCGCCCCGAGCCCGCGGCUCCGAGCAGGACGACGACGACGACGAGGACGAGGACGACGAGGGCGCGGCGGAGCGCGGGGAGUCGCCGCUGCCGCUGACCGAGCUGCCGCCCGACAGCCCCGGAGCCCCCGACGGCUCCGCCAGCGUCUUCGCCUCGGCGGAGGAGCUGGAGCGGGCGCAGCGCCUGGAGGAGCGGGAGCGCAUCCUGCGCGAGAUCUGGCGCAACGGGCAGCCCGACCUGCUGGGCCCCGGCACCGGCACCGGCACCGGCACCGGCCCACGCCGCGCCCGGUACUACUGACCCGGCCUGCCCCGGCUCCCGGGGACCCCGACGCCGCUGAGGCCGGGGCCGGGGCCGCUUGUGGGCGCCUGGUGCGGCCGCCCCCUCCCGCAGCCGGACUGGACUGGACGGACCGCCCCGCCGGGACCCCGGGCUGAGGCUGGGGCGGCGGCCGGGAGCGGGAGCUGGGCCCGGUCACAGUGCAACCGGAACCGCCGGUACGAGCUUCCCGGCCCGGGAGCUGGCCCCGCUUCUCCCCGGAGCUGCCGGGCCGAGACUUGCCGCGGGGCGCCCGGGCUGUCGGUGUUUGCAUAAAGCAACGGACUUCGC